AGUUUCCUCAUCUGCCAAAUGAGGAGGUUGGACUCAAUGGCUUCUAAGGUCUUUUUAGCUCUAAACUUAUGAUCCCAUUAUCUUACCCAUGAUCUGUUUUCAGAAGGAGCUUAAGAGAGGUAUCAGCCAGAAAUUAAUGCCAGGGACCUCAUAACUCUAUUCAGGCCAAAGGGCAGAAGAGUCAGGGAGAAGGAAAGGAAAAGGGGAGUAAGAAAUUACAGUCAGCCUUGUGCACUGAUAAAUAAAUGAUGAUGCCCCAAAGGAGAAACCCCAGAGGUAGCUUGAGAUAGGGGAGGAGGAGCAGGUUGAAGAGAUAUAAGGAGGAAGAAGAGGGGGAGGAGAUGAGGGAAGGCCAAAGAUAAAACCCAGAGAAAACUGGUAGCUAGUGAAGUAAUCCACCACUGUAUGGUGAUGGUGCUGCUGACUGGAGAAGUAGCUUUGUUGGAGAAAGCAUAGGAGAUUGGAAGUGGGGAGAAAGGGCAAGAAAGAGAGGAAACCUGGGAAGAUCCCAUAUUGGUGCUUCCCUUCAGGAGUUGCAGGAUGAAUUGUAGAAGGGAAUUCUAAGAAGAGAGGAAUUCAGUCAAGGAACUGUUGGGGGGGGGGGAAAUGAAAGUAAGGCAAGAGCAGCUGAGCAAGGAAGAUCCAGGGCCAGAACCUCCUGGAAAUAGUAAGCUGGCAAAAUGAUGCCCCAGAGGAAGAAAAGGAAGAAAGAUAUUGACUUUUUAGCUCUGUAUGAGGAGGAGCUGCUGAAUUAUGAAUCUGAGGACGAAGAGGAGCUAGAACAUGAUUACUACAAGACCAGAGUGUAUGAAGUGAUCACUAUGACUGGUGAUGUCCGGGGUGCAGGAACCAAUGCCAACGUUUUCAUCACCAUUUUUGGGGAGAAUGGGUUAUCUCCCAAGCUCCAUCUCUCCAGCAAGAGCGAAUCUGCCUUUGAAAAAGCCAACGUGGAUGUGUUUCGUGUCAGAACCAACAAUGUUGGUGCCAUCUACAAAGUUAGAAUCGAGCAUGAUAACACUGGAAUGAGUCCCAGCUGGUUUUUGGACAGGGUCAUCCUGACUGACAUGAAGCGACCUCACCUCAAGCUCUAUUUCAACUGUACUAGUUGGCUGAGCAAAGUGGAGGGAGACCGCCAGUUGUGCCGGGACCUGUUGGCCAGCUUAACCCCUAUGGAUGUCCCCAGGUAUAACAAGUAUGAUAUCAAAGUCUACACUGGAGAUGUAAUUGGUGCUGGGACAGAUGCAGAUGUCUUCAUUAAUAUCUUUGGAGAAUAUGGUGACACAGGGGAACGGAGAUUGGAAAGUGAAAAAGACAACUUUGAAAAGGGGGCAGAAGAUAAGUUCACACUGGAUGCACCAGAUUUGGGACAGCUGAUAAAAAUCACCAUUGGCCAUAACAAUAAAGGUGGAUCUGCAGGCUGGUUCCUAUCCAAGAUUAUCAUUGAAGACAUUGGGAACAAAAGAAAAUAUGAUUUCCCACUUGACCGAUGGCUGGCUCUAGAUGAGGAUGAUGGCAAAAUCCAACGGGAUAUUCUGGUGGGAGGUGCUAUAACCACAGCUAUCUCUUACAUCGUUACAGUCGUAACAGGGGAUGUCCGGGGGGCUGGGACCAAGUCCAAGAUUUUCCUUGUCAUGUAUGGAGCCAGAGGAAAUAAGAACAGUGGGAAGAUCUUUCUGGAAGGAGGAGUAUUUGACAGAAAUCGGACAGACAUCUUCAACAUUGAACUCGCUGUCUUGCUCAGCCCCUUAAGUCGAGUUUCCAUUGGACAUGGCAAUGUAGGCGUCAACAGGGGCUGGUACUGUGAGAAGGUGGUGAUUUUGUGCCCAUUCACUGGCAUACAACAGACUUUCCCUUGCAAAAACUGGCUGGAUGAAAAGGAAGGUGAUGGGCUGAUUGAGCGGCAGCUCUAUGAAGUGGUGUCCCUGCGGAAGAAGAGGCUCAAGAAAUAUGCCUGGUCCCUCUGGGUCUGGACAAAUGACCUGAAGAAAGCUGCCUGUAAUGUUCCUGUUUUUAUUCAGCUUUAUGGACAGAAGGGACGAACAGAUCAAAUUCGUCUGAACCCAGGGCCACAGGGCUUUAAACCUGGCAAGCUUGACAAAUUCAGGCUUGACAUCCCAGAUCUUGGAAGAUUUUAUAAGAUCAGAGUCUGGCAUGAUAGCAAGAUUCCUGGUUCUGGAUGGCACCUAGUAAAGAUGACACUGAUGAAUACCCUAACAAAGGACAAGUAUAACUUCAACUGUAACCGCUGGCUGGAUGUCAAUGAGGAUGACUAUGAGACAGUGAGGGAGCUUACUGCAGAAGGUCCAACUGUUCGGAGGAUAAUGGGAAUGGCCCAGUAUCGAGUGACCCUGUGUACAGGAAACGUUGAAGGAGCAGGGACAAAUGCUCAAGCCUUUGUCUGCCUCUUUGGUGAUGCGGGAGAUACCGGGGAGCGCAGUCUGAAUAGCAUCAUCUGCAGGAACAACACUGAUAUAUGUCAAAAAGGCAAUGCAGAUGAGUACACCAUUGAAGCAGUUACCCUGAGAAAAGUGAAAAGAGUCAGAGUUGGGCAUGAUGGCAAAGGAGGGAGCAGCGGCUGGUACCUGGAGCGAGUGUUAGUGAGAGAAGAAGGGCAGCCAGAGAGUGAUAAUGUGGAAUUCCCAUGUAACAGAUGGCUUUGCAGGGAUCAGGAUGAUGGCCAGUUGAUCCGAGAAUUAUUACCCAGUGACAGCAAUGCAACAUUAAAAAAUUUCCGCUAUCAUAUUAGCAUCAAGACGGGAGAUGUGGGAAAUGCUAGCACUGACUCUAAAGUCUAUAUCAAACUCUAUGGAGAAAAGAGAGACACCAUUAAGCAGAUCCUCCAGGUCUCAGAUAAUAAUCUGGGCGAUCAUUUUGAGCGUCGCCGUGUUGAUGAAUUCACUCUUGAGACUAUGGACAUUGGAGAGAUCAACCGGCUUAUUAUCGGCCAUGACAGCUCGGGCAUGAGUGCAGGCUGGUUUUUGGGCAGCAUUCAGAUUCGGGUGCCCCGCCAAGGCAAGAAAUACACAUUUCCUGUCAAUCGCUGGUUGGACAAGAAUGCAGCUGAUGGCCGCACAGAAGUGGAGCUGUACCCCAGUGAGGUUCAGGAGAUUGAUCAAUUGAUCCAUUAUGAGGUGGAGAUUGUGACCGGGGAUAUGGGCAAUGCAAGCACCAGUGCCCGGGUCUACAUGCAGAUCUACGGAGAAGACGGCAAGACCGAAGUGCUCUUUCUCAAAAGCCGCUCAAAAGUCUUCCAGCGGGGAAACAAGGACACCUUUCAGCUAGAGGCAGCAGAUGUGGGUGAGAUCUUCAAGAUCCGCGUGGGCCACACGGGCGAGGGCUUCGGGUCUGGCUGGUUCGUGGAUACAGUGGAGUUGAGACGGCUGGUGCUACAGGAGGUGGAAGUCACCCCGGAGGAAGAAGCCCGGAAAAAGAAGGAGAAGGACAAACUGCGGCAGCUGCUGAGGAAGGAGAGACUUAAGGCCAAGGAGCAGAAGAAGAAGAAAAAGAAAAGCAGCGAUGUGGAGUCUGAGGAAGAGGAAUCUUCAUCCGAGGAGGAGUCUUCAGAGGAAUCGGAAGAGGAGACCGAGAUGGAGGACGAAGAGGAAGAAUUUGGUCCAGGCAUGCGGGAAGUGGUCGAUGUCUAUAAGUUUCAAGCUAAUCGAUGGCUGGCCACGGAUGAGGAGGAUAACGAUCUGGUCAUGGAGUUGGCCCCCUCGGGAAGAUCCGGUCCUGAGCCCAAUACCUAUGAAGUCCAGGUGAUCACAGGGAAGAUGCCCAAAGGUGGCACUGAUGCCAAUGUCUACCUGAACAUCUAUGGGGAAGAAUAUGGUGAUACUGGCGAGCGAGCUUUAAGAAAAUCAGACAAAUCUAAUAAGUUUGAACAAGGACAGACAGACACAUUCAUCAUCAACGCCAUUGACCUGGGGCCCUUAAAGAAGAUUAGGAUUCGCCAUGAUAACUCUGGCAAUGCCUCUGGCUGGUUUCUUGAUCGAGUGGACAUCACGGACCAAAAUAAUGAAACCACGUACUACUUCCCGUGCCAACGCUGGCUGGCAGUCGAUGAAGACGAUGGGCAGCUCUCCAGGGAGCUGAUCCCAGUGGAUGAGUCAUAUAUCCUGAAGGACGAGGGGAAUGAAGAGGAAGAGGGCGAGGGAGGAGGAGGAGGAGCUGAAGAUGCUGGGCUUGCCAACCUGGCCCUGGAUAUGAAAGAUAAAUCCACCAUGUAUUCAGUGACCGUGAAGACUGGUGACAAGAAGAGAGCGGGCACGGACGCCAACGUCUUCAUCACUCUUUUUGGCACAGAUGAUGAUACAGGAACAAUUCUCUUGAAGUCUUCCAAGUCCAGCAACAAGGACAAGUUUGAGAGAGGGAGCAUUGAAAUCUUCACGGUGGAUGCAUUUUACCUUGGAGAGCUUCAGAAAAUCAGGAUUGGUCAUGACAAUACAGGCAAGUCCCCAGGCUGGUUUGUGGACUGGGUAGAAGUAGAUAUGCCAUCCCUAGGAAAAUGCUUGACGUAUCCCUGUGGACGAUGGCUAGGAAAAGAGGAAGAUGAUGGGUCCACUUACCGGGAUCUUUUCCACGCAGAGCUCCAGACCAAAACUUACACUCCAUAUAUUCCCUAUGAGAUAACCAUCUAUACCAGUGAUGUCUUUGCUGCCGGUACAGAUGCCAGCAUCUUCAUUGUGAUCUAUGGCUGUGACGGCAUCUGCACCCAACAGAAGUACCUGUGCACCAGCAAAAGAGAGCAGAAGGCAUUUUUUGAGAGAAAUUCUGUCUCCUGCUUCAUUGUGGAGAUGGAGGAUGUGGGAGAAGUCAUUGAAAAAAUUCGGAUUGGACAUGACAAUGCAGGCAUGAAUGCUGGGUGGCACUGUGAUCAUGUGGAUAUCCGAAGACUCCUGCCAGAUAAAGAUGGAUCAGAGACUGUGACAUUUGCCUGUGAUAGAUGGCUUGCCACUUCUGAAGAUGAUAAGAAGACCAUCCGAGAACUGGUUCCAUUUGAUAUGUUUACUGAGAAAGUGAUGAAAGAUGGGUCUUUAAGACAAAUUUAUAAGGAAAUAGAGGAACCUUUGGACAUUAUUCUGUAUUCAGUGCAGAUCUUCACUGGGAAUAUACCUGGAGCUGGCACAGAUGCGAAGGUCUUCAUCACAAUCUAUGGAGACCUUGGUGACACAGGGGAAAGGUACCUUGGCAAAUCAGAAAACAGGACUAACAAAUUUGAAAAAGGAACGGCUGACACCUUCAUCAUAGAAGCUGCUGACCUUGGCGUUAUAUAUAAGAUCAAGCUCCGCCAUGACAACAGCAAGUGGUAUGCUGAUUGGUAUGUGGAGAAGGUUGAAAUCUGGAAUGAUACCAAUGAGGAUGAAUUUCUAUUCCUCUGUGGACGUUGGCUGUCCUUGAAGAAGGAGGAUGGGCGCUUGGAACGACUUUUUUAUGAGAAGGAAUAUGAAGGCGAUCGGAGCAGCAAUUGCAGCAGCCCUGCUGACUUCUGGGAGAUGACUCUCAGUUCCAAGAUGAGUGAAAUCGAUAUAGAUACUGUGACUGGUCCUCUGGUGAACUAUGUUCAGGAAGGUCCACUGAUUCCUUACCAUGUGACCAUUACCACGGGUGAACAGAAAGAUGCAGCCACUGAAAGCCGUGCCUUCAUCAUCAUUAUUGGAGAGGAUGAUGAGGUGUCCAAUCGCAUCUGGCUGGAUUACCCUGGGACGAAGAAGGGUUUCACCUCUGGUUCUGUGGAGAAGUUCUAUGUUGUAGGCCUGGAUGUAGGAGUCAUCAAGAAAAUAGAGCUGGGCCAUGAUGGAGCCUCGCCAGAGAGCUGCUGGCUGGUAGAGGAGUUGCGUGUUGCUGUGCCUACCAAGGGGAGCAUGUACACUCUGCGAUGUAACUGUUGGCUGGCCAAGGAUCGUGGUGAUGGUCUGACCUCCAGUGUCUUUGACCUCCUGGAUGCUAUGUUUGUGAACAUUGGUGUGAAGAUCAUGUAUGAAAUGACCGUGUGGACAGGUGACAUCGUUGGAGGUGGCACUGAUUCCAACAUUUUUAUGACACUUUAUGGUGUCAAUGGGAGCACAGAAGAAGUGCAGUUAGACAAAAAGAAAGCUCGAUUUGAGCGAGGACAGAACGACACUUUCAUUAUGGAGAUUGAUGAUAUUGCUCCAUUCACAAAGAUGCGGAUGCGACUGGAUGGGCUGGGCAACCGACCAGAGUGGUUCCUGGACAAGGUUCUCCUGAAGAACAUGGAUAAUGGAGACCUGACAAUGUUCUACUAUGGUGAGUGGUUAUCUGAGAGGAAGGGUGAAAAGAAGACCUUAGUCUGUGAGAUGUGUGCAGUGAUUGAUGAGGAAGAGAUGAUGGAGUGGACAUCCUACACAGUUACGGUCAAGACCAGCAACAUUUUUGGAGCCGGCACUGAUGCCAAUGUGUUCAUCAUCAUCUUUGGAGAGAAUGGAGACAGUGGUACCCUGCCCCUGAAGCGAUCCAAAAAUUUUAACAAGUUUGAGCGCAAUGGGACAGACACAUUCACCUUCACAGACAUGCUGAGCCUUGGUCAUCUUUGCAAGCUGAGGGUCUGGCAUGACAACAAAGGCUUAUUUUCUGGCUGGCAUCUGAACUACGUAGAUGUGAGGGAUAACUCCCGGGAUGAGACAUUUCGCUUCCCAUGUGAACGCUGGCUAUCAAAAAGCGAGGACGACAGACAGACAGUCCGAGACUUGCGCUGUGCCAACAAUGAGAUCUUGGAGGAGAUGGAGGAAACCACUUAUGAGAUCGUCAUAGAAACCGGCGAUUCAGAUACCAGGGAGAAUGCCUGGAUAGUUCUGGAAGGAAGAAAGGACCGAUCCAAAGAAUUCCUCAUAGAAAACAGCCCUAGGCACAGAGUGUUUAGAAAAGGCACCACUGAUAAAUUUGAAUUUGACAGCAUCUAUGUGGGUGACAUAGCAGCCCUGUGUUUGUGGCAUAUGCCCAGAGAAGGACAGAGGAUGCCUCCCAGGGAGAUACUCUGGCAUGUAAAGACCAUCACCAUCACAGAGCUGGAGUUCAACAAUGUGUAUUUUUUUAACUGUGACUACAAAAUUCCCCUAAAGAAAAAGAAAAAAUACUUCAAGGUGUUUGAGGUCACCAAGGUGACUGAGAGCUUCGCCAGCAAGAUCCAGAGCUUGGUCCCAGUCAAGUAUGAGAUCAUAAUCACAACAGGUUAUGAACCUGGAGCCGGCACAGAUGCCAAUAUCAUGAUCACCAUCUUUGGGGCCAAUGGUGACACAGGGAAACGGGAGCUCACUAGGCGUUUGCGCAACCUCUUUGAGAGAGGCCGGACUGAUCGCUUCUUUUUAGAGACUCUGGAGUUGGGGGAGCUGCGCAAGGUGAGGCUGGAGCACGAUGGAAAAGGCCCCAGCUCGGGCUGGCUGGUGGAGAGGGUGGAGGUCACCAACACCAGCAAUGGAGUAGCUACGAUCUUUGCCUGUGGGAAAUGGCUAGACCCAAAGAAGGGAGAUGGGCUGACAUGGAGAGACCUCUUCCCUUCCGUCUGAGGAAUAGUGAUGAUGCCCUUCUAUUUGCCAUGGGAGGCAUCCAGAACUCAUCUGGUCAUUCCAAAGCCUCUCUUCUCUGUAUCAUUGGUGCCAUUUGGCAUGGUGUUCCCUGAACACGAAGACAACAAAAUAAGCUCUGAGUUUUCUUUUGGGAUUCACUCCUGAUUUGCAGUGCAACCUAGGACAACUUAUUUGCCUAUUUAACAAAAACAAUUGUUUUUGUCACCCAACAAGCAUUUAUUUAGCACUCAUUCUGCCUCCAGAUACUAUACUAAGCUUCUGUGGAUACAAAGAAAGGUUAAAAAAAAUAUGGUGCCUUUCCUCAUGAAACUCAUUCUAAUAAGGGAUAUGUACCUAAUAAGGUUAUGUACAAGCUGUAUCAGAAUAGAUAGAAGUUUGUUAGGUGGGUUAUGGCUUUAGCAGGGAAAGGCAUUGGGUCCCAUGUUGAGUGGGUCCCAUUUUUCAAUGUUGCGUUUUAUACAGAGGGUUUUUUAGCCAAGGGAUGGAUGAAGGAAGGGAGGGGAAGACAUGUUGUCCAAUUUAUUUUAUUCAUUUGGCUUUGAAAAUGUCAAUCCCUAGUAAAGUUAAAGGCAAAAAAGCCCACCUCAUUAGGAGACAAAGGAAACUUGAGUUCAAAUCCAAGUUCUACUACUGACUGACUUCAUGAUCUUGAAUAAGUACUCUUUGGAUCUCAUUUUCUCAUAGGUAAAAUAUAGUUGGGCAAGAUAAUCCAUCUCUCAGAUCCCUGGUGGAUCUAAAAGCCCUCACCUAGGCCCCCUUCUCUUAAUCUUCUUACCUGGGUUUAAUUAUCAUCUCUUUGUAGAUGACUCCCAGAUCUAGUUAUCCUUCCUAAUCCUAUGAUCCUUUGGUAGAUAGUAGUAUGGUGGAAGGCUCAUCUGCCCAUCUUCUGCCCUCCAAUGCUCCACAUUCCCAAUAUCCUAGUUUAUUCCCCUUCUCUAAGACAGAGGUCAUGUGUUGGGAGGGCUAGACUAGGACACGCCAUAGGAUAUGGAUGGGGAUUGGGGCUUUACCCAAAAGAGGCAAGAGGAGAGAAGGGAAAGUUGAGGUGGUCAAAUUUUAAGCCAUAUUUAAUUAACGCUUUAAAAAGGAAAGUUGGAACUGAAACAUUAAAUGCUGACCAACCCCCACAAUGGCAAGUAUUGAGGAUGCUAAGAAGCUGUCUUUUUUUCUGUUCCAAUAAAUCCAGUGUCAAGCAGAAGAAAAUGGUUGUGGAAAAUGUUUUUUUUUUGUUGUUGUUGUUCAGUGAUUUACAAUCCAAUGGAAAAGAGAUGAUACUGUUAACCACUUCAUUCAGCAAACAUUUAAAGCAGUCUCCCUCUGCAUCCAGCUCGAUGGAGUAGCAGCAAGGCACAGAAUGGGAAUAGGGAUGGGAUGGGAUGCAAAGCUCAGACCCCGAGUGACUCACCCAUCUCCUGAUAAUCACCCUUAGCCAAUUUGCAGAGUGGAUGUAGAGGGCAAGAAGCUGUCCAGCAAGCAGCCCCGAGGCCCCAUCGUGCCCAGAGACUGUUUCCAAAAAAAAAAUCUGGAAGGCUUGGUCUCUGCCUUCAAGGAGUUUAUGAAUUAAGCAGGGAAGACAGGGCCCCACAGGCAUGAGCUAAUUUUGAGAAUUGCCACAAAGCAAGAAGGUAUAAGGAAGUGAGAAGAGCAUAAGAUUCAGAUCCUGAGAAGUUCCAAUCUCAGCUCUGCCACUUAACUCUUGGGACUCCAUUUCUUAACUUGAAAAGAAGCUGGACUAGAUUAGCUCUCAAGCCUAUGAUCAUAUAUCAACUUGGAAAGAAUGCAGAUUCUGAAGUCAAAGGGACUGAGUUCAAAUCCCAUCUCUUACUAGCACUUGCUGCCUCUGUAAUCUUAUAUAAGUCCUUUCAACUCUGAGCCUUUUCUCUCAUCGGUAAAACAAAGGGGUUGGUCUAGAUCAGUGGUGUCAAACUCAAAAAUAUCCACUAAUGUAUACAUAAAGAUUCUUGUGGGCCACCUGUUGGUUGAGUUUUUAAAUGUUAAUUACCUAUGUUUUGUUGUAUUUGUGUUAAAUAUUCUCAAUUACAUUUUUUAUCUGGUUCAGGU